GUACUAAAAUGUACAUAUAAGUUGUAUUAAAAAAAUUUAAUUGAGUUGAAAAAUUUAGUCUAGUUAACGAUUUUUUCUCUCAGGGCAAGCAUCUUUAAAAAGAGUAAAGAACUUAUUGCGAUAAAUAUUACUCCAGCCAAGGUUUAAACCUGCAACUCUCUCAUUUCGUGACAGGUACCAAUUAGAUUAUUAAUUGGGACGUGUGAUACUUAUCGCAAAUUAUGUUAUAUAAAUAUUAAUUAUAUAAACAAAGUAUAUUAAAAAAAAUAUCGCAAAUAUAUUUAUAAUCUGUAUUUGUUUGAAAGAAUUUUUUUCAGGCGAUGUGUAUAUAUGCAAUGAUAUUAUCUUUAUAGAUCACUCUCGAUAAACCGAAGUUAAAUUAUUACUUUCGCUAAAAGAUGGUCAAAUUAUCGCGUUACGAUACCAAUUACCAGUCUCGAUUUCUUCGAAGGAUGUCGAAGUAUGUUUGAGAUUUCCGUCGAGAAAUUUAUCACAGUCUCACGCGGAGAAACACGCGGCGCGUUCCCACCUCCCAUGCCUUCCCUUCCUCUCGCAGCCGCGCGCCUAGCAGGCCCAUCCUCGCGUCCGGGCCCAUCCCUACUCUUCUUUCUGCGUUAACCCUUUCUUUUUUCCCUUUCGCCGAGCCGCACCGAUCGCGGCCGAUUCCAGCCGAGCUCUAGGAUGCCGUUGAUGGAUCGUCGUCUACGCGCCGAUCGGGAAGUCGCGUACGCCAUCGCGUCGAUCGCGUCGACGGGCUCCAAUCUCGCGCUCCUGAAACUCACCUGCUGAUCGAACGUCGUCCGUUCGACGACCUCGAGAUUUCCCUGACCUCGUCCUUCCUGUCGUCGUUAGUGUUCUCCGUUUUCCACGCGACGCGAGUUCUCCAAUAGUUCUCCCCGAGAGAACGGACGCUACGCGAAGAAGAAACGCACCGCCGCUUUCUUCCGCUCGGUAACGCGACAAUCUUGCGUUUUCGAUCGUGUAGAUUCGAUAGUGCGCAAUUUUCAUCCUUCGCGAUCGUUCACGAAUUGCUGAAACAUUCCGUGGACCUAUUCGCGGGUGUUCGCCGAAUAUCGGUACUCUCGUUGAGAGGAGCCGCCUCGCACUUCCGGUCGACCGUGCGAACGACGCGACCGCGAGAACUCCACGGAAACUUCGCGGCGGUGGUUCUAGAAAAUUCCUACGACGACGACGACGACGACGACGACGACGACGACGACGAAGAGGCGGUCGCGUGUUACUCUCGUUCCGAGAGGUCAUCCGGGCAGGACGUGCGAAACGAGUACGCGAAAGCGAGGAGACGGAUCGAAAAGUGAACUCGGAUACCCGCUGUUCGCCCUGGCGAACGGACGCGCGAACGAUGCUGAUACUUCCGGACAUAAAGCUUCAGGGUUCGGAUCCGAGGGUAGCGACCUGCAGAGGAAAGCUGCAGAACAAGCGAAGUAAGCUCAACCAAGAGAUCAACAAGGAGCUGCGGCUACGGGCGGGCGCUGAGAAUCUCUUUAAGGCGACAACAAAUAGAAAAUUGAAGGAGACCGUCGCCUUGGAGCUAAGCUUCGUCAAUUCGAAUCUGCAACUGCUGAAGGAACAGCUCGCCGAGUUGAACAGCUCGGUAGAGCUGUAUCAGAAUGUUGAUGGCGAAGAGCCCAUUAUGCCGAUGAUACCAUUGGGACUGAAAGAGACCAAAGAUAUCGACUUUCGGGAUCCGUUCAAGGACUUUAUCUUGGAGCACUACAGCGAGGAUGGAGAAAAUUACGAAGAAGCUAUAGCCGACUUAAUGGAAACUAGACAGGCUACGAGGACACCGACCAGAGAUUCAGCGGGCAUCGCGUUACUUCUACGUUACUACAAUCAACUCUAUUUCAUAGAAAGGCGUUUCUUUCCACCCGACAGAAGUCUCGGCAUCUACUUCGAAUGGUUCGAUUCGUUGACGGGAGUGCCGAGUUGCCAGCGAACGGUCGCCUUCGAGAAGGCCUCUAUUCUCUUCAAUGCCGGCGCGCUUUAUACGCAGUUGGCUGCCAAACAGGAUCGUCUGACCUCUCGAGGACUCGACCAAGCGGUCGAUGCUUUUCUCAGAGCGGCUGGCACCUUCCGAUAUAUCCACGAAAAUUUUACGAACGCACCGAGUAUGGAUCUAGGCCCGGAUAUGCUAGAGAUGUUGGUGCAAUUGAUGCUUGCUCAGGCAAGGGAGUGUCUCUUUGAAAAACUGGAACUUCAAUCGAGGGAUGGUAGAAACAUUGAUGUUUGCUUAGAUCUUGCUCAAGAAGCGGCUCAGGUUGCGGCGAUAUACAAUGACGUUCAUGGAUUGAUAUCGCGCGAACCGGUUCGUGACUACGUCCCGGAGACGUGGAUCUCGUUGAUACUGGUGAAGCGCGAACAUCAUCUUGCCCUCGCUCACAAGCACAUCGCGGUCGGUCUGCUGGACAGACCGAUCGCUGAGUUUCGUGUAGAAACAAGGCUCACGUUGGAACAUAUCCAAAAGAGCGAUGGGAAAACUCAAUUGGACGCGACUGUACCCAGAGAUGACAGCGAAAGGAAAUUAUUGGGAAAAGCACAUCUCAGAGAAGCUCUCGUUUUGCACGACGAGAGUCAACGACUCCAGAGAAUGUGCCGCGAUCUGAAAGGUAAACAAGCAUUAGCGAGGGUUCUGAAGAGAGCGCAAGAAGCGACGCUUGAUAGCUACAAUAGAUUCGGCAGCGAGGAUGAUUUUCGAGAACUUCUGGAUCCACCAGAUAUUAUCGCCUCCACCAAAUUUCAACUUAGCAUCACUCAUCCAGAUUUCGGGCAGCACGGAGUGGAUGACCUUUUCAAGUCGUUGGGACCUGUAGCAAUAUUUUCCGCCAAACGACACUGGACCGCGCCACGAUUGGUGCAGCUUCAAAGAGGUCCUGACGGCGAAGGUUUUGGAUUUAGCGUACGCGGUGACGCUCCGGUGAUAAUUGCUGCCGUCGAUCAUAAUUCACUAGCUGAUGUGGGCGGAAUGAAGGAAGGUGACUUCAUAGUCGGCAUCGGCGACAAGGAUGUCAAAUGGGCGUCUCACGAGCAAGUCGUGCGGAUGAUAAAACAAUGCGGUGACUUUAUAAAUUUAAAGUUAGUCACUCCAAUGGACAGGAAUUAUCUAAAGAAACCAGGAAAACCCAACAAUCACCACGAUAAAGGCAGCGUUUCGGCGAGCAGCUCUUCUGGAGUUUCUUCCGGCCAGCCGAGCCCGGCGGGAUCCGUCACUACGGCGCACGUAGUCAGAAGGCUUCCGUGGAAUCCGUUUAAAAAAUCCGGCGUCCAACGUGAGAGCAGAGAUUUAACCUUUGAGAACGUUAUUCUCAGAUGAUUGCUGGAUUAAAAACGGUCCAAUUAUUAAUACUUUAUCGUAGAAGUUUAGAGCGUAUCGUGGCCGACUUACGAAAAUCAAUUAUUAAUUACCAAAAUUGAAUGUUAUUUUGUACAAAUAAUUAUUCGCCAUGCAAAAAUUUUGUACUUUUAGUAUCGCGUGUUAAGCGCGAUGAAUAUAUUUUUGUAAAUAUAUGGGUGACGUUGAUCUUACAGUUAAUUCAUGAGCGCGAGCAAUGAUUGAAACUUUUUGUAUGUUGGACGCAUUCAGAAUUUUUCUAUUUAUCACUAACAAAAAAAUUCUGUCAGGUGAAUAUGAUAAUAUCUUUGCUAAACAGUAUCCAAAUUUAAUUUAAUAAGUUUACCAUUAACAUAACUUUGAUAAAAUUGCAAUGAUUAAUAUUACAAAAUCUCAUCAACAUUUUUACGAAUAACAAUGCCAACGCAGGCGUAUAGUGUAUUAAGCGUUCAAUAAAAUUGUCCAUUAUCGCGUAUUUCGGUGGACACACAUGGUUUACGACUGAUUUAAGCUAUGUACGAUUAUACAUACUUUUGUCAUACCGUUUAUGCAAAUUCAUUUACAACGGUGAAUUGGAUCGACGAAGGGAUAAACGUAUCGACAAAUGGUCGUAUAGCAACACAAGAACUCUGCGAUUGUUGUGCUUUGUUGUGCUUAAGCUUUCUCGUUAAAUCGUUAAUGUCCAAUUUUACAAACGUUAUUUUGCCUUUAAUAUGUGUCUUAAAUAUGUGUCUGUCUUUAUCUAUCUUUCUAAAUAAAUAAAGACAGACAUAUUUAAGUCUCACUAAAGUCAAAAUAACGUUGGUGCAGUCGGGCGUAAACGAAUUAAUACAAAUCGGAUCUUUUCGCGGGUGUACUCGCAUCCGUGUGCAUCUGUACAUUUAUACAUAGUUGUAGUAACGGUAGAGGCGUGUACACAGCUUUUUGUUAUGUAUAUGUAUGUAUAUCAGUAAAACAUUAUAUCGCAUUCCAUCCAGAAA